GUGAAAACGAAAGUAGGAAUUUUAUAAAUAUUAUUGCGCACGGCUGUUUGAGUGCUGAUGUGGCUUAAACGUUCGGAUAUAUAGCCGAAAAAAAAUAAGCAUUCAUAAUCAAGCUGAUUGACAUGGCUUCUGUUUCAGGGUCUGAAAACCAGUUAGUUGAUCUUGACGUCGCAGAAGAAAAUGCUGCACUGCUUGAGGAGAUAAUAGAUCUGCUGGAGAGGUCAGAUAGAGAACAUGCUGAGGUUAUAAUGUUGAUUGGUAAAAGUGGGGCGGGCAAGAGUGCUAUGAUAAGUACCAUACAUAAAGUACUGACGGGAAAGUACUACCAGAUAGCGAGACAGGGAAGCGGGAAGGCACAGUCUGUUACUCUUGAUUUGGGAAGGUAUGAAAACUGUGGUAUUUCAUUGGAAACCAUAAAAGACGAAGACCGGAGACAGAUGAUAGAGAAAAUAUUACCCAAACUUCCGCAUAUUGUUGAUUGUGCUGGAUUAGGGGAUGCGGAUUCCCCUGAGCUACGAGAGAUACUGGAACUGCUAAUUGGAGGUUUCAUACCACCAAAUACACAUAUUGAAGCAUUGCAAUCAAAACAGAAGGAAUUUGGAGUUGGAUGUCUAAAACGUAUAUAUCCAAAAGCUAACCCAGCUUGGACAGUAACCAAGGUUGUCUUUAUGCAGAGCUGCAGAGUUGCGGUGCCCAAAAACCUUAUCGAGUGCUUGACAGGCGUCUUGAAAAUAACAGAUCCAAGUACUUUAAAGAGAAAAUAUACUGCAGAAGUUUUCUUACUGAUAACUAAGUAUGACCUGGUACGAGACCCUACUGUGCACCUGUCCACUACAAGUGAUAAAGAGAGUAUGACCCUUGAAGAAUUUGUCAAGGUUGAAGAUGCUAUUGCUCCUGAGUUUAAUAUAGUUGGAGCACUAGAAUCCAACAGAAUCCGCUGGGCCAGUUUCACUGACAGAAUACAGGGUGAUAACCAGUAUAUAGACAACAUCGCUCUGAAGUUUCUGAAACGAAUGGUAGAGCCAGGACCGCCACCGCCGGAAUCUGCAGAACCUGUCGUUGGCGUAAUGAAGAAAAUUGAUCUAUACAUGUUCAAACUGAAAAACGAAUUAAAACGGUUCUUUCUGCAAGACUUACAUCUGAACGUCACACCGGCUUUGUUCUUGGUAGCAAUCGUGUUUAUGGUUGUAAUUGCAGUACUUUAUAAACUGUUGUCAGCUGGUGUUUAAACAGAUUACAAAAACAUGUAUGCGUUAUCCUACUUUACGUGAACGUGAAGCUAUAAAAUUCAAACUUUUUUGUGAACUCUAAAUUUGUACGCGAUAUUCAAUUUUCUUUUAGAUAUGUUGUAUACUUAAGUUUUAAACCUUGAAAUAUGUUAACCUUUAGCCUGCUGGCGGGAAGUGAUUCUGCCUUUGCGACCAGUGCAGACCAAGAUUGGCACAUCCGUCCGUGUAGGCUGAUCAUGGUCUGCACUGUUCGCUAUUCAGUCAGUAAAUUUUCAGUGAACACCCCUUUGAAGAAUAAAUAGUAUUGUCCAAAUUGAAUGAUGGACCAACCCGUUCUCAUCUAAAAAAAGAAUUAACUACUAUUUGAUAUUAUUUAAAAGAAAUUGUCGACGUUUAUCUGUAAGAGCCGGGAAUGCUUAUAUUAUGUCAUGUAUUAUCACUAUACAUAAUAUUUGUAUGUAAAUUAUAUUGUGGGCUAGAGUCGAUGUAUUAUUGCUUUAAUGCUGAAUAAAUGUUGUUGUUGAUGAAAAUAUAUAUUGAACCAAUCAGUAGUCAAUUAGAAAACUGUUUAUGUAUUGACAUGACUAAUUUUUGAGACUACAUGUUCAUUCCAAUGUCACAGUGUAUAACUAUUUUACAGAUUUGUACAUACAAGAGCUUUUCUAAUAUUUUGAUAACACUGGGUCCAAAAUAAGUAGUUUGUUUAAAAAUAGUUCAAGUAAAAAGAACCACCAAGAAAUAUUCGUAUUCUAGACAACAUACUAUUAAUACCCACUUGUUUUAAUGAAAGCUAUAAAACUGCAAUACGUGAUUUUCAUAAAAAAAAAACCAAGAACAAAAGUCCCAACAUUCAAAGGAAGCAGCCGCCCAUAUAACACCAAACGCCACUGGGGAGUUUAAAGUUUACUGGCACAAAACAUCAAUCUUUAAACCCUACCAAGUUUGGUAUCUUUAUAAACAUAGGAAAAUGAUUUUAAUAAGAGUAAUUUGAAGUGUGAUAGUAAGCAUCAUGAGAAUGUUUAAGGAAGAGGUUUAGAAAUCUACUGAAUUCAGAAUGAAUUGCAUUUCAAAAAUAUAAUGUUUAAUAAAGACAUCGAACACAAAAGCUUAUUGGAAAAUAUUGUAUGGUAAUAAAAAAUACUGUAUCGGCUGUAUUGUCAGACUUCUAUUUUAAGCAUCUGCUGGAAAUGAUACCUCGUCAGAAAAUGUAAUCAGUAACUAAUACAAUGUAGCAAGUUAAAUUCUGUUGUAACAUUGGAAGAAAUUGAAAAUGUUGUUGAAAUGUUGAAAAUUAGUUAAGUAUGUGGCGUUGAUGAUAUAUUGAAUGAACAUUAUAUACAUGUAUUAUAAAUACUUUAUCUGUUAUGAAAUAUAUAUUUGUUAAACUUUUCAAUAUUAUCUUGAACAAUGGAAUUAUACCAGAAAAUCUGACGAUAUACAAUUAUCGACCUUUUCAUAGGUUGAUAUCAGGAUUUAUCAACCGAAAAGAUUAGGCUCGGUGAAUGUAACUUUUUGAGGGUUGAUAAAUCUUGAUAUCAACCUAUGAAAAAGUCAAUAACUGUUUUAUUACAUGAAUAAAUGUAAAGUCAGUCUUGUUAUUACAUUUGUAACUUUACUAAUGAAAUAAGGAAUAAAUUUAGACCUAAUCAGGUUGAUAUUAGUUUUCCAAGCACCUACUUUGAUCUGUUUUUAUUUUUUGUACUAUUUAUAUGAUAAAUUGAUAUGAUAUGUACUCAUUACUUUUCGGACCUUUUUCAGCCAAUCAGAGAAACAAUAGAAUACAGUCAAGUAAUAAUAUGUAUUAUUAAUGCUGUAUAUAGAAGUAAAACCCUUAAAUUAUCUACCUAUUACUUCCUUUUCCGAGUUGUUUUGGAAAAUUAUUUACCGCUGUUUUAAAAGUCGUUAGCCAUAAAAUGGCUUACCAUGCAUGUUAAACUGAAAAUGAUGGAAUUGCUUAUUAAUGAAUGGUUUUCAUUGUUAGAAAACUCCAGCAACUGUAGAAACUAUAGACUUUUUAAGCGUAGUUUAAAUAAUAUUUAGUUAAAACUUAGAACAAGAAAAAAUAAAUUGCUUGCUGAAACUGGUAACCUGACUAAAUCUUAGAACUUGUAAGGAUUUCCAGUCCUUGUUAAUGAAAGAACAAAAUAUAUAAAAUCAAAAUUUAAUUGAAUGUUGACAUUUUUCUGUCUUACCGAAAAGGCACAUUUGUAUUGUUUUAUGUACGUUAUAAAAUUUAGCUGAAACUUGCGGACAUAAAAUUUUAAUUAAAUCAUAUUUGUAUUGUGCACUUUAGGAAUAACUCUCCCACAUGAACAUAUACAUCAAAAAUAUCACAAUGCCUGGUUAUAAGUAUAAGAUUGAAAAUCUCUAUAAACUAUAAUUAUUAUUCUAAGGCAUAGAAUUAAAAAUUCGAUACAUGUUAACUAAUAUCACUCCUUGUAUUCAACCAAUGCAGAAACAUCGGCAUAGUUAACCCUUACCAUGCUGGACACAAUUGAUUCUGCCUUUGUGACCAGUGUAGAUCUUAAUCAGCCUGCACAUCCAUGCAGUCUGAUCAAAAUCUGCACUGUUCACCAUUUAGUGAGUAUCUUUUUUGUAAUCACCCCUUCAGUUAAUGGUACUGUCCAAAUUGACAAAAGUUAUUUAUAAUACCUCAUUAUGUCACGAUAUCAUAAAAUUGGGUGAAUUAAUGAACUGAACUGAAUCAAACCAGGUGCAUUUUAAAAUAUGUUUGUGAUAGAAUUUGUGUAUACAUUAAGCCAUCUGUAUUAUAUCAAAUUGAAAAUUACAAUAUAAAUUUGACUGGGUAGAUAUUUUGUUACAUUCAGCAAGUUUUAUAUUGCUUUAAGUUUUGUAUUUGAAGUUGAUGACCUUGGUUUAAAUGUGUUCUACCCAUUCGUAUGCACAUGGUUUAGUAAUAUAUAAGCAUUCAUACUGUUCAUGCUUCAGUAGGCCAUAGGUAGGUUAAAACUAAAUACAAUUUCAUUUCAACACGCGGGUAUGUGAAAACGCGGAUGUAUCAGGGCUUGCAGUUUAAGGGGCGAUUCAUUUCGUCCUAUUUAUAUAGUAAAAUGCAAGUAUGGAAACAAAUCUGAUAAUUUCUGUCUAUAUUUAGUUGUUUUCUAGAGCAUCUUAUGAUGUUUCAUGAAUUAGUUUAAAUAGUGAAGACGUUCUGUACAUGUAUAAUGAAAUUAGAUUUUAUUCAGAGUUUUUUUUUUUUGUAUUUUGAAAUUGAUAAAUCAUAAAGUAUCAAAUCGCUCCCUUAAAGCAUAAAGCUACCAUGUGCUGAUAAAGAAGAUUAAGGCAUCCUUUUUGCAUUAAGGGGGCGAAAUUUUCUUAAGCUCAAUAUGUGAUAUUUUGUUUUGGUAACUGUAUAGUGGCGUUUUUUGCUGGAAUGAAAUACGGAGGAGAUUUUGUUUUUGUACACAUGAUGGAUGAGAUAUCUUUUUCGCUCUCAAACCUCAACAUGUUAUUGCAAAAUGUUGUUUUGUUCUGUUCUACAUAAAGAAUUAUCUUAGUUUCACAGCUUUUGCCAUUCGAAAAGAAAACCAUGCAUUAAUAAUUUGGGGAACAUAACUUUUUUAUUCUAUGCAUCUCAUAAAUACUUACAUACUGUAUGCGGAAAAAAGGACUUUGCACUAUGGACGGAUUAUAUAUACGCCUGGAAAUUUUUGCUCUUGUUUGAAAGUCUCCAUGUCUUGCGAAUCUUAGUAGUGACCUUUUCCAAGAAGACUAAAGUAAGCAGAUUAGCAUAGAUUUUAUGAGAAUGUAUUUAUUGUUAGCAUAUCUUGCAUGCAUUCCCCUAUAUAAAAUCCCUCUUUCACAGUGCUGUAAGCCAUGUAACAAGAUGAUGUUUCACCCAAAAAAUAGUGCAUAAGCCUUAAAAAGUAUACAAGGAUUUCCAUUAGAAAAUGGUAAUGUUACCUAGUUUACCCUUAUCAUGCUGGACAUGACUGAUUCUGCCUUUGCGGCCAGUGUAGAUCUUGAUCAGCCUGCACAUAUGUGCAGUCUGAUCAAGAUCUGCACUGUUUGCUAUUCAGUCAGUAUCUUUUUGGUAAACACCCCUUUUAACAGUUAAUGGUACUGUCCUUAUUGAAAGAUAGACAAGUUCAUUAUUUUAUUCAGCAGGGUAAGUGUUAACAUCGUGAUGUUACGCCCCUAAAAUAACCUGAAAAUAGAGAUUGGGUUUCCAGUAAUCAUUUUGCUAUGAAUUUCUCUGUGUGUGCGUGCAUACAUAUGCAUGUGAAUUUGAAUAUUACAAAAAAAAAUUCUCAUUUUUGUCAUUUUUAUUUAUAUAAUUAUGUAUUGUUCAAUAAAUUACACAAGCAUCGCCUCCGCUAUCGCCUCGGUUGGCAUUACAUUACUCAGCUUUACAAUUCUCUGCUAAUUUACUCAAUGUAUGUGAUAUGUGUAUAAGACAGACCACAGCUGUACUGCAAGUUAGUUUGUAGCGUUUUUUGAUACUGUGUUAUAAUAUUGCUUUAUUCUUAUUGUUAUUAUUUGAACCCUGACUUUUGGCAAGAUUCGUACUGAAAAAAUCACUUAUAUUUCAUACUUUGUUUCGAAUUCUGUUUGUAAUUAUUUCUAGCAAUAAUAUUGUUUAUUACAUGUUUUCAGUCAAUUAUUGAAAAAUUAGAUUGAAAUAUAUCGAUUUUUCCACUGGUUGAAACUAUACUAAUCGAAAAUUCUGAUGCCCCUUGCUAUCUCUGGGGAUAUCUUUCAUAAUUCUAACAGUACAUAAUUAUGUGCUAAUUUAUUUAGAAGUAGAAGAAAAUAACAUAAAAGUAUAAUAAUUGAGCAGGAUACAAAGUUGCAAUGAUUUUAUUUUCUCUGAUAUAUGGUCAAAAUCAAAACAAGUUUUGGUUUUUUAAGUUUUUUUAGGAUUUUGCAACCUAUUUUUGUAGAUAUUUGAGAAAUUUCCGAACCGUAGCUACUUUGCUAGAAAUAUGAAAAAUGUUGACAUGCGUUAGAAGUUUAUAAAUAGUAAUAAUUUCUAGUUUGUUUAAAUAAUGAAAAAAUAGAUAAAAUGGUGUUUGUUUAACAGGUAAGGUUAAGAAAAUGUAGAUACCUUUUUAGCUCGACUUUUCGAAGAAAACGUAGAGCUAUUGUACUCGCCCCGGCGUCGGCGUCGACUUUGGUUAAAGUUUUUGAUAAAGUUUGUUACUAUCAAAGCUAUUGACUUGAAACUUAAAAUAGUUAUUUACUAUCAAAGUCUAGACCAGGAGAAACAAUCCCCAUAACUCUGAUUUGAAUUUUUACAGAAUUAUGCCCCUUUUUAACUUAGAAUUUUUGGUUAAAGUUUUUUUAUAAAGUCAAAUAUCUCUGUUACUGUCAAAGCUAUUGACUUGAAACUUAAAAUAGUUAUUUACUAUCAAAGUCUACACCAGGAGAAACAAUCCCCAUAACUCUGAUUUCAAUUUUGACAGAAUUAUGCCCCUUUUUAACUAAGAAUUUUUUGUUAAAAUUUUUGAUAUAGUCAAAUAUCUCUGUUUCUAUUAAAGCUUUUGACUAGAAACUCAAAAUAGUUAUUUACUAUCAAAAUCUACACCAGGAGACACAAUUCCCAUAACUCUGGUUUGAUUUUUGACAGAAUUAUGCCCCUUUUUAACUUAGAAUUUUUGGUUUAAGUUUUUGAUAAAGUCAAAUAUCUCUGUUACUAUCAAAGCUUAUUACUUGAAACUUAAAAUACUUGUUUACCAUUAAAAUCUACACCAGGAGAAACAAUCCCCAUAACUUUUAUUUGAAUUUUGACAGAAUUAUGUCCCUUUUUAACUUAGAAUUUUUUGUUAAAAUUUUUGAUAAAGUCAGACAUCUCUGUUACUAUUAAAGCUUUUGACUUGAAACUCAAAAUAGUUAUUUACUAUCAAAGUCUACAUCGGGAGACACAGUUCCCAUAACUCUGAUUUGAAUUUUGACAGAGAUAUGUCCCUUUUUAUCUUGGAUUUUUUUUACUGGCAAAGCUCUAUUUCAGAAUCAAGCACUGAGAAAAGUCGAGCGCGCUGUCUUACGGACAGCUCUUGUUUAGCUCGACUAUUCGAAGAAUAAUGGGGCUAUCUACUCGCCCCGGCGUCGGCAUGAGCGUGAGCGUCACACAAAUGUUAAAGUUUGCGUACCACCCCAAAUAUUUUCAAAGUCCUUUGAGAUAUUGCUUUGAUAUUUUGCAUACUUGUUAACCAUCAUGACCACAGUCUGUAAAAAGGUGUAGGCAACUCUACCAAGCAUUUUGACUGAAUUAUGGCCCCUUUUUGACUUAGAAUAUGCUUAUUGUAAUGUUAAAGUUUGCGUACCACUCCAAAUGUUUUCAAAGUCCAUUGAGAUAUUGCUUUCAUAUUUUGCAUACUUGUUUACCAUCAUGACCCCAGUCUGUAAAAAGGAGGAGGCAACUCUAUCAAGCAUUUUGACUGAAUUAUGACCCCUUUUCGACUUAGAAUAUGCUUAUUGUAAUGUUAAAGUUUUACUCCUAGCUUAUAUUAUACUAUCAAGUACUGAGAAUAGUCGAGCGCGCUGUCAACUGACAGCUCUUGUUAAAUUUUUAAAGUUAUAUUUGUUAUAGGCAUUGUCUAAUUAUUCAGUUAGAAAAAAGCGGCUCUAUGCACCUGUUGGGGCCUCAUGAAACCGUCAUUGAUUUCAAUUAAUAGGAGCACAUUAAUAUCGUUUAUAACUUCAUAUGUUAAAAUUAUUUAAUCUUUGGAAUAAAUUUAUUUGAAGAUAUAUUUGUUCAUUGUGUUAACAAGCUAUCAUGUUUGUAGAUCCAAGGUAGUAAUUAUGCUGAAAGGAUGGUCACAAGUUUUUAUCCCCCGACGAAAGUCGGAGGGAUAUAGUUUUGGCGUUGUCCGUCCAUCCGUCCGCCCGGAGCCGUAUCUAGGAAAUGGUUGGGAAUAUUUAAGUAAAACUUCAUGUACAUGUUCACCACUAUGAGGUUAUGCGGCCCGUCGAGUUUCAGUCAGAUUGCUUAAGGGUAGAGACCACCAAUUGUUUUCCCAUAGACUUACAUUGUAACAUUAUGGCGUGUACGGCCUUCCAUACGUCGAAACAUGUAUAUCUAAUUACAAGUUUUUCAAGAACUAUCUUAGCUCUACCAAAAUAUCGGACGAAAAACAUAUGAAUAGUGAUACAACAAGAUAUGGUAGCAACUCCUUCCGUUCUUGCGCUGCCAAGCUCUGGAACUCCUUUCCUCAACAUUUUAGAGACGAGUCGAACCUAAAUCAGUUCCGGAGCUUGAUCAGUGCUUGGAACGGACAGAGUUGUCGCUGUUCUUGUUGUGCCAACAAUGCAGAACUGUUGCUACUGUAUUUAUGCCAAUGCUUCUUAUGUACUGCAUGUUGUUUGUUUUGUUUACUGUUAACUUCAAUACAUAGCUUUCCAAUUGCAUACUUCAGCAUGCCGUUGUUUAUUUGCUCUGCUAGCUUAUAGUUGUGCUAGAUACCAAUUAUGUGCUUAUGUAUUUUGCAACCGGUAACUGCUCUUGUUCUUUGCUUAGUUUGCAUGUUUCUGUUUAAAUUGUAUAUGAAUAAGUUUGCAUUUUUACAGAAACUAUUUAAUAUAUUACCUGAGAGAUAGGUGCUAAUCAGGUCUCUUUGAAUCUGAUUCAAGGUGAUAUUUGAUUUUUGAAGACAUUUUUUAGCUGGUGCACUUUUGUGUUUAUAUUAAUUUUUUCAGAAUUUUACUGAUUAGAUCUUAAUUUAUUUUUAGACUUUGGUCAAGUUUAGCACAAACCUCUCAGCUUGUACUUUGUAUAAUUUGAAGUCCUGCAGUUGUAUUAUGUAUAAUGUGCUUUUAUGCUUGAUAAUUCAUGUGCUUUUCUAUGUGCUUAUUUGUUUGUAUUGUAAUGUGACUGUUAUUUGUUAAGUCGGCUAAUAGCUAUUCAUAGCUAAUGUUAUUAUGUUUGCAACCCGACUAUAAAUAAAAAUUUGUAUCUUAUA